CACUUCACCUGAGCAGCCAUUUCAAGUGAUUGGCUGCUGCUGUCGCUCGCGAUACGUGCGACAUGAGGGCUCUCAGUCUCUUAGCUCGGCUGAAUUGGGGAAAUUAGAGAAUGGGUGAUGUCUUUUGUGCCUUUCGCAAUCUCUAAGACUCGAAAUUGUCGGCAAGUGAUCGGCUUUUUGUGGCCAUGGCUCGAGACGGCGAAGGAAAAAUCGGUGUAGGUGGGCGUGUUCCGGACUCGAUAGCAGGUCAGGGUAGCGCAUCAGCCGAUGCGAGGAAGGGCUUGGCUGCGGGCGAGGUUGGCGGUGGAGGGAAAAGCGCAGCGGGUCAGGUCGCGCUGGCGAUUAAUCGAGUGAAGGGUGGAUUGAAAGACGGAGAGGGUGCCGAUGACGAUGAUGAUGAAAAAGAUGAAGACUCGGAGGAGGAAGAAGAGGAGGAGGACGAGGAGGAGGAGGAAGAGGAGGAGGAAGAGGAGGACGAGGAGGAGGAAGAGGAGGAGGAGGAGGAGGAGGAGGAGGAGGAGGAGGAGGAGGAGGAGGAGGAGGAGGAGGAGGAGGAGGAGGAGGAGGAAGAGGAAGAGGAGGAGGAGGAGGAGGAGGAGGAGGAGGAGGAGGAGGAGGAAGAGGAAGAGGAGGAAGAAGAGGAGGAGGAAGAAGAGGAGGAAGAGGAGGAAGACGAUAGCGACAAGAAAGCGAAGGCUCUUAAGGCACAAACGAGCAUUAGGAAAACGCUGGGGGGCAUUGGGGGAAGGUCUAUGAUUGUGCGGAGGCAGCCGUUACGCGACUCAGAACUCUCCUCCACCGCCGCCGCUGCCAGCGUGCCCGCGUCCCCCCGGGGUGCGCCCUCAACGGCGGGGAAGCGGAAAGAGGGCGCUAGUGAGCGCAAGCGGAGCAAGCGCAGGCGGCAGGGGGUGGACGCAUGGCAGCUCGCGUAUUUUGCGGCAGUGGCGCGGCGGCAGGCGGUGUCGCUGCGGGAGGAGUCGGAGCGCGUGUGGCUGGAGGCGGAUCGCGUGCUGCGCCACACCAGGCGGCUCGGAGAAACUGCGGCGGCGGCUCUGGAUGCGACAGCAGCCGCCAUUGACGGUAUGGCGCAGGUUGGGCGGCCAAGCAGCUGGGGGAAGGGCGCAGCGGGGAGCUCGCGGAACAGAAGUUGGAAGGGCGCGAGCGCCGGUACUGCGCGCGGGGGGGAGAAUGACGGGGGGCUGAACCUGCUGGGGGGAUCGGCGUUCCGGGUGUCGCGGAUGGUGACGAAGAGUCGUAGAAAGCGGGAGCCGGGCGCGGAGAGCGAUGGCAGCAACAGCAGCAGCAGCAGCUCUGAUAGCGACGCGCUUGCCCCGCUGAAAGUGCCCGAUUCCGGGGAUGACGGCGGCGGCGGGGACGCGCCAGGCGGCGGAGUCCGGCGGCUGGGGCUUGGCGCGCUUGCGAAGUCCGUGAUGCGGCUGCACGGGCGACGCCGUGCUAUGGGACGAGGAGGACGUGAUAGCAGCGAUAAUGGCGGCAGCAACGGCGUCGGACCGCGGGCUAGACGAGGGCCUCGCGCUCUGGGACGCGGAAGCCGUCUCUUCAGGCGGCGCGAAGCCCGGCACGAAGCACUUCAAGCGCGCUGCCAUGCUCUCGAUGCUUGCCUCCACCUUCGUGCGCGCGGUGGGCUCGCGCGGCGUGGACGUCGCCGCCACUCCGCUUGCUGCCGGCACGCCAGCGCCCGGCACGCGCGGGCUGUGGGGCCGCGCGGUAGGCGCGGUAUCGAAGCCGGGGUUGGCGCUGUCAACCCCUUCCGCCGUUUCGUCCAGUAUCCCUUCCGCAGUUCCCUCCGUCGAGCAUUCCGCGGGUCCUCCGCAAAGUCGCUUUGCGGAAGGGGGUCCGCGCGACUUGUGGGGCCGCGCAGUGGGGGCGGUGUCAGGGCAGGGGUUCGCUGCUGCGCCUUCCGCCGGUUCUCCAGGGAUGGGCGGGGCGCGCGCUUUAUGGGCUCGCGCGUUUGGCGCCGUGACAGAGCCAGAGCUUCCGCCGCCGCUGCACAUUCUUCCGCGGGGUCUUUCCGCCGCGGAGCUUUCCGCGCUUGCAUCCGCGGGUUCACCACUUCCUCCCCCAAGCAACGUGGCGGAGGGCAAUGCGCGCGCCUUGUGGGGCCGCGCGCUGGGUGCGGUGACAGGUCCAAACCUUCCGCUCGGAAGCGCAGCCCCGACUCUCUCCGCCGCGGACGGUGGCGCGAGGGCGCUCUGGGGCCGCGCAGUGGGCGCGGCGACAGGGAAUGGGCCGCGGGACGAGGAGCGCGGAGGGUGGGGUGGGCGGAAGCAGAGGCUGCGCGGGCGGCAGUUGUCGUUACCCAAGAGCGAGGAGCUAGAGCAGAUGGCGGAGAUGGCGACUAUGAUGCAAGAGGUGUCGCGCCAGCGGGUGGAAGCGGCGCAGCGCGCCAGCCUGCUGCUCGCGCAGGAGAGCGCGCUGGCGCACGCGCACAUGUACGGCUAUGGGGGGUAUGCGCCCCUGCACCCGCACGCGGACCUGCAUGCGCGCCCCGCCUUCGCGCCCCUCCACGCCCCCGCGCACCAAUCGUCGCCCCUUUCUCCCUCCGCGCAUCCAGCCUUCCCCAUGCACCGCGCGGACAAAUCCUCCCCUUCCGCGCCCAGCCCUCGCGGCAAAGGGUUCUCCCCCGCUGCUGCGCCCGCCCAUCCGCAGCAGCAGCAGUCAGGGGGAGCAUCCCCCGGGGGGCGCCCCCUGGAGCGCGCGUGGGGCAUGAGGAGCGCGGACCAGGCGGCGGGGGGAAGGAUGGCUGGAGCGCGCGGAGAAAUUGGGGGAAGGGGGAAUGGGGGGGGGGAGGGGAUGCACAGAUGGCAAGGAGAGAGGGGCGCAGUGUGGGGAUGGGCAGUGGGCGCAGUGAUGGCGCGCGGGGGGGAGGGGAGAGCUUGGGGGACACGGAGGAAGAGCAGGAGGAGCUGGAGAGGGAGUGGAAGAGAGAGAGGGAGAGGGGGAGAGAAAAGGAGACAGGGGGAGGAGAGAGGGGGAGUGAGGGGGGCAGGAGGACGUUGAAGCAUGGGCGGAGGGGCAGGGAGGUAGGGCAGGGUAGCGGCAGCGACAGCGGUAGCGAUGAGGAGCAAUCGACAGGGCGGUCGGGAGAUCGGGACUAUGGCUUGGGGGGGAGGGACGAGGGCGGGGGGGAGAGAGCGAUGGGGCGGAGGCGGAGUGGGUCAGGGGCGAGUGGAGUGAGAAUGGUGCUGGCAGCGCAGCAGAGGGCGGGGCGGGACGGGGGCGGCGGGGGGAAGGGGUCGGAAUCGGAGUAUGACACAGAGGCGGAGGAGCAGAAGGCGCAGAAGGAGAAGGAGCGGGACUGGCUGCGGGAGAAGAGCCUGGAGGUGGAGGCGGCGGGGGACACGGAGGGCGAGGAGGAGCUGCGCGCGCGGGAGAGGGCGCGGCAGCUGGUGCGGCGGCCCGAGCUGAAGCGCAGCUCGUGGAAGGACUGGGAGGGGGGCGCGCAGGGCACGGGGGACGUGUGGGAGGACGCUCACCUCGCUGCUGCGGAGAAAUGGGGCGAGCGCGGGGGAGGCGGGGGGGAGGAAGGGGGGCGGAGCAGCAGUGGGAGGCAGAGUGGUGUGGGCGCAAGGGGGAGGGAAGGCCCGGGAGGUGAGCAGGGCAGGGGAGGGGGAGGGGGAGGAGGAGGAGCAGGAGGUGGGUUGGUGAGGCAGGAGGGACUGCGGGAGAACAUGCUAGUUGACAGUGGACCCCUCAACGCCCUACCAGCACCCAAGGACCCGAAUCAGCCACGCCCUCCCAACGCCCCCAUGCAACCCACCAGCUCCACCUCUCCUUCCCCUUGCAACCCCCCUGCACUGCCGGCCAAGCCUGGUAUGCUGGGCAAGCCUGGGCCGCCCCCCCCUUUGGGGCCAGCUAGUGGGGGCAGCUUACUCAACUCCCAUGGCUCGGCCGACUGGUCCUCUGCUGCAGUCUCUUUCCCUCGCUCGGGCAGUGGCAGUGGCAAUGGCAGCGGCAAGAGCAGCGGCAGGGGCGUGCUUCCAGAGGGAGGAGCUGCAGGAGGCGGUACGAUGGCGGCUGCAGGCGGGAGUGCCAUCUCCUCAUCCGCCACGUCAUCCGGAGCCACGUCAGCAGCUGCAGUCCCGCCUCUGCGCCGAUCGCAGACAGCCGGAGGGCAGGAGGUGGGGCGGUAUGUGGGUGGGGGGGGUAGGGGAGGAGCAGGAGCAGGGGCAGGAGGGGGAGUGAUGGGAGCAGGAGGGCCAGGUGUGGGGGGAGGAGCAGCAGCAGCAGCAGCAUCAGCAGCAGCAGGGGGUGGGGGAGGUGGCGGCGGCGUGUCUGGCAAGCCGCCCCUAGCAUGGGCGCCUCAGGGCUCUCGCAAUCUACUGAGAGCUGUCUCCCUGGGCCGCCACGCCAUGCCUCAAGGCACCUUCCGCCCCCGCCUCCCCCCCGGCCUCGUGCUGGGGGGAGGUGGAGGUGCUGGCGGAGAUGGGGGGAGAAAGGGGGGAGUGGGGGAGAACAGCGUGGAGGACCAUGGGUCGGACAGCGAAGGCAGCAGCCAUAACAGGAACAGCUACAAGAACAGUAACAGUACCAUGAACAGUAUCACAGGGGGGACAGGUAGCCCAGGAGCGGCAGACUCAGUCCCCCAGGAGGGGCUGUCGCACUCCAUGUCCCUGCACCUGCCCCCACGCUCCCAGUCUUAUGGCCCCCCCAGGGUUGGCCCCCGUGGAAUGGCAGCAGGAGGGGCAGCGCCAGCUGGGGGGAGCCUGUCCCGGCAAGUAGGGUACGGUGGGGGUGCACUGGGGGAGGGUGAUGGUGGAGGCAUGGCGAUGGUGCGAGGAGGAAGCGAGAGGGGGAGGGCACGUGGAGCGGAGGGUGGGGAUGGAGUGCAGCUGGUGCGCAGCAUGAGUGUGGAUCCAAGAGCUAAGCCUGGCAGCAAGCGUGCAGUGGGGGAGGGAGGUGGGAGGAUGGUGCUACCGGAAGUAGAUCCUAGUAACUUCAGCAAGACACACUCGUUCCAUAUGGCACCCUCAUCCAGGAAUGCAGGUUUGCAGGCGGCAAAGGACACUUAAGGGGGGGGCGCGAGGUGAGAGAAUAAGGAGCGCAGGCUAUUUACCUCUGACCAGUAGAAGCACGUGUGCCAGUUGGUUGAGCAACUCGUUGUAGGUCCUGACCUAACUUAUGGAGUCACUUCCUUAGGUCCCUAACAUUCUCAUAGCGGCGUUCCAUUCUCCCCUAGGAGUAACUUGCAGAUUACGAUUAUUCUGCAGUAACCUGAUCACAUUUUAUUUUAAC